AUGGAUGAAAUACUUCUGAACACCGAUCCAAGUGCCUUUCACCUUUUGCAGCAUGGCCAUCGGGAUAUGGUCUCCGCUACAGCCUUUAAUAGUUAUGGAAAUCGUUUUGGAACUGGAUCAGUUGAUGGCACCUUGGAGCGCCCACAGCUCCGAGAUCCAUCAAGUAUACCAGAACAUCUUUGUUUUGUCACUGAAUUUGAUUGCUCAUAUCUGGUGCAGAUUCAAUGGCUCCCAGCAACCAUAUACCCUAAUCUCAUCGCCACCUUAGCUGCUGAUGGCAAGUUUCGUAUUUGGGCAGAAGAUCCCACCAUUGAACCGGGGUCAGGAAAACGCUUUAAUCCUUGUGGAAAUGAGCCAGUAUUCGAGCUUCGAUCUAUCUCUCGCUCGCCAUUUCUUUCCUUCACUAUCUCUCAUCAUCACAAAAAUAGACAUACAUUUCUUGCACUCAUUAACCGCUCAGCAACAGUCGUUGUUUAUGAAAAUGACGAGCCAGAGAACCUUGAGUCUUGGAAUGAGAUCGAUAGUUUUACUGUUUGCGAAAAGCCAGCGCGUGGAGAAGAAAUUAGCUUUCGUGUUGCCUUCGAUCCUAAUCUUCAGCCAGCAUACACGGCCAUUCUAGAAGGUGUUCCGAAAGAUGCUCUAGGGUUAGUAGUUGCUAGCAUGUACACAGCAAGUGUCUGGCGCACAAGAGAAAUAACGCACACUGUCAGCCUCGGGAGCAGCAACACAAAAGAAUUUUAUCGUGCUGUGGAUUUAAAGGGGCACAAAGGGUUAGUUCGAGACGUCGCAUGGGCACCAGGAAAUAUUCGUGGUCAUGAUGUGAUUGCAACCGCCUGCAAAGACGGAUUUAUCCGGGUCUUUCAAGUAUUAACCCCACCCAGCAGCAAAAAUGAGUUACAGGAAGAAACACUGACCUGUGAUGAUUCUCAAGAAUUCGAUAAAACAGAAAUCGUUUCUCAGUUUCCAGAUCUUCAGAUAAGCCAAGUGCCAUCUGGCAUUGGAGCUGGGUUAGUCGAGCCUCACCCGCCGUCCGAUGAAGGAGAAAGGCACGACAUUGUCGCGCACAUAUCAAAAGAAGUGAGUUUGAUGGCCCCGGAUGAUAGCCGUCUACCACCUUGGAAAGUCGAAUUUGAUUCCGAUGGACACUUGUUAGGCUCCACAGGCGAUGAUGGAAAAGUCACACUCUGGCAGCGAGAACCAAACGGAGAGGGCUGGAGUAAAUAUUCACAGCUAGUUAUGGCUAGAGAUACAUGUGUCUAA